AUGGCCUUUGACGCGCUCCUCGCAAGUGGCCGCGCCGCCGCCGAGAUCCGCGACGCAAUCUCCGAGCAGGAGAUCGAGAUUGUGCUGACGGCGCAUUCGGGGGCGCACCCGACCGAGGCGCAGCGGCGGACGAUCCUCAAGAAGCACCAGCAGAUUGUGGCGCUGCUCGGCCAGCACGAUAAGGGCACCGUCCUUACCCCCGGCGAGGUGACCGAGCUCGAGGAGGCGAUCUCGCGCGAGCAGGCGCGGACACACUCCGAGAGCACUCCCGGCGACUGUCGCUGCCUCGCGGCGUGGCGCACCUCCAAUGUGCGUCGCUCCAAGCCGACGGCGGAAGGCGAGGCGCGCAACGGACUGAUGGUGAUUGAGGAGACCUGCUGGGACGCCGUGCCAGAGCACUACCGCCGCCUUGACCGCGCCCUCCGCCGGAUCGGCCAGCCGCCGGCCAUCGUCAAAGUGUCGACAUGGAUGGGCGGAGACCGCGACGGGAACCCAAACGUCACGGCCGUCACGACGGGCCACGUGCUGUGCCUGCAGCGGGCGCGGGCAGCGGAGCUGUACCACAAGGAGGUGGAGAAGCUGCUCUAUGAGCUCUCGCACACCGGCCCCGCGGCAGAGGAGAGGAAUCGACGUGGCCGAGCGCCCGCCUGCCCACGCCCCUCCUCCACACAGCACGACCCGGCCUCGUCCCGACCCCACCAGGAGGACGAGCCAUACCGAGUCCUGCUCAUGGCGCUCCGCCGCCGCCUCUACCGGACGCGGGUCAAGAUGGAGGAGGUGUACCUCGGCCACGACAGCGGCGCGGACGAGGACGCGGACGUGCUGACCAGCCAGGCGCAGCUCCUCGCGCCGCUUGAGCUCAUCCGGGCGUUGUGCACAGGCGACCGCGUCCUCGCCAACGGCACGCUCCUCGACCUGCUCCGCCGCGUGCGCACCUUUGGCAUCUGCCUUGCAAAGAUGGACAUCCGCCAGGCAGAGAGCGACCGGCACUCCGAGGCGAUCGACGCAAUCACGCGCGCCCUCGGGCUCGGCCGUCUCCUCAUUAGGUACCUCGAGUGGGACGAAGAGGCGCGGAUUGCGUGGCUCUCGGCGGAGCUGGUCUCGCCUCGGCCGCUCAUCCCGGAUGCAGGCACGCUGGCGGCAGACGAGCGGGUGAAGGAGGUGUUGGCGACCUUCGCCCUCCUCGCCACGCUGCCGCCCGAGUGCCUGGGCGCCUACUGCAUCUCGAUGGCGCGCAGCGCGUCCGACGUGCUCGCGGUGCGGCUGCUGCAGGUCAAGAGCGGCGUCAAGUCGCCGAUGCGCGUCGCGCCGCUCUUCGAGACGCGCGAGGACCUGCAGAAUGCGCCGCGCGUCGUCGCGCGCCUCUUCUCCGUCGCCGCCUACAAGGGCGCCAUCGGAGGCUUCCACGAGGUGAUGCUCGGCUACUCUGACUCGUCCAAGGACGCCGGCAAGUUCGCCUCGCUCUGGGAGCUCCACGUCGCCAUGGAGAAGAUUCUCGAGGCGGGCCGCGCCGCCGGCGUGCGCAUCAACUUUUUCCACGGGCGCGGCGGCUCCAUCGGCCGCGGAGGCGGCCCCCUCCACUUGGCGCUGCUGUCGCAACCCGCCGGCUCGAUUGCCGGCGCGUACCGCGUAACCGUGCAGGGGGAGCAGAUCCAGGCCUUCCUCGCCUCCACCGAGCUCGCGGUGCACACCUUCCAGAGCUACGCCAUCUCCGUGCUCGAGCACACGAUCUCGCCGCCAAAGCUCCCCACCGACGCGCAGCGCGAGCUGAUGCAGCAGCUGGCCGACGCGUCUGCCAAGGCCUUUCAGGCGCAGGUCUACCAGUCGGAAGACGGCAUCUUCUCGCGCUACUUUCACGCCGCCACGCCGACGUCGGCGCUGGCCUCGAUGAACCUCGGCUCGCGGCCCGCGAAGCGCAAGGCUGCCGGCGGUAUCGAGACGCUCCGCGCGAUCCCGUGGGUGUUUGCCUGGACGCAGACGCGGCUCCACUUGCCCGUGUGGCUUGGGUGCGGCGCGGCGCUCGCGGAGCGUAUCGCCGGAGGCGGGCUCGCCGAGCUGCGUGACGCGUACUCGACCUGGCCCUUCUUCCGCGGCCUGGUGGACCUGAUGGAGCUCGAGCUCUCCAAGGCGGAGCCCGCCGUCUCCGAGUACUAUGACGGCCGCCUCUGCACGCCGGACCUCCGCGCGGUCGGCGAUGGGCUGCGGUCGGCGCUCGCGCAGGCGAAGGCGGCCGUCAUGGAGGUUGCGGGCCACGCCCUCCUCCUCGAGAACCACCCGCUCGCCAAGCAGUCCUUCGGCCUGCGGCAGCCGUACCUGCUCACCCUGCACGCCAUCCAGGGCGAGGUGAUGGCGCGCCUCAAGAAGGAGCCGAGCGACGCGGAGAGGCUCGCGCUGGACGACGCCAUGACCGUCACCGUGCAGGGGGUCGCCGCCGGCAUGCAAAACACCGGCUAG